AUAAAUGUCAGACACGAUCAUGAGUUAGAAAAUAAUGAAAAAUAUUCUUCAAGAAGUGCAUUUAUAACUUAAAAUGAUUCGCAUUUGCCAAAGUUUCGCGUGCUUACACAUAAAGGGCUUGAUUAAACCUGCAUUAUUCAAAGACUCUUCGUUAAAAUCCACAGUUAUAAGUGUACAUCGAAUAAAUUCCAGCAGGAAUUUUGCUACCAAAGUAAAUCAAGAAAAUGAGCUAGAACGGAUAUAUUAUGGCCCGCUUACGCCGCAAAUAAAAGCUGUUAAGAUAUUUUCAGUUAGUUCGAGUGCGGCAGGUUUAGCAGCCCAACCUAUUAUAAUACGCGAAGCAACAACUAUCGGCAGCACGUCUCUGCUAGUAGCAUUAUGUUCAGUUGUAGGGUUUUUCACAUUUGUUACACCGUUAUUAUUGCAUCUCAUUACGAAAAAAUAUGUGACCGAAAUUCACUAUGAUCCUAAAACUUUAACCUACAAAGCUACGACUAUCAAUUUCUUCUUAGCAUCUGUGCAAUUGGAUUUUAAAGCGGAAGAUGUGGUUGUACCUGAUAUUCCGGGAAUGUUUACAACCAUGGUAGCCAAGGGCAAACCCCUUUUCAUUGAGGCCAGACACUUCACAGAUCCCCUUUAUUACGCAAAAAUAAUGGGUUAUGAUAAACCCUUAGAUUUCAAACUUGGAGUAAACAAGGACAAUGAGGAUGAUAAAACUAGUUAAAUUUCAUAUUAUUAUUUAGUUACUAGAGAAAUAAAAAUGAUAAAUUAUUGAUUUUAA